AUGGAUAGCGAAGGUAGAAAUGUAAUUGUUUGUGAUAAUGGAACAGGCUUCGUCAAAUGCGGCUACGCCGGUAGUAAUUUCCCCGCUCACAUAUUCCCUUCGAUGGUAGGAAGGCCGAUAAUCAGGGCUGUAAACAAAAUAGGUGAUAUCGAAGUCAAGGGAGUCGCAAGUACUCUUCCUGAUUUAAUGGUAGGAGAUGAAGCGUCGGCGCUCCGAUCGCUCCUAGAAGUCAAUUACCCCAUGGAAAACGGCGUGGUACGCAACUGGGAGGACAUGUGCCACGUUUGGGACUACACGUUUGGCCCCCAAAAAAUGAACAUAGACACAACAAACACUAAAAUUCUGUUAACGGAACCGCCGAUGAACCCUACGAAAAACAGGGAGAAAAUGAUACAGGUGAUGUUCGAGAAAUACGGUUUCGCGGGCGCUUACGUCGCCAUUCAAGCCGUCCUGACGCUGUACGCCCAGGGACUUUUGUCGGGCGUAGUGGUCGAUUCGGGUGACGGUGUCACCCACAUUUGCCCCGUUUACGAGGAAUACGCCCUGCCCCAUCUCACCAGGCGAUUGGACAUCGCCGGUCGAGACAUCACCAGGUACCUGAUCAAAUUGCUGUUGCUCAGAGGGUACGCUUUCAAUCACUCGGCCGAUUUCGAAACCGUGAGAAUGAUGAAGGAGAAAUUGUGCUACAUCGGCUACGAUAUAGAAACCGAGCAACGAUUAGCCCUCGAAACCACCAUACUCGUCGAACCCUACACCCUGCCCGAUGGGCGCGUUAUUAAAGUCGGCGGGGAGCGAUUCGAAGCGCCCGAAGCGCUAUUUCAACCGCAUUUAAUCAACGUAGAAGGCCAAGGGAUAGCCGAGCAAGUUUUCAACACGAUUCAAGCGGCCGAUAUCGACAUGAGAUCGGAGCUGUACAAGCACAUAGUGCUGUCGGGCGGUUCGACGAUGUACCCGGGGCUGCCGUCGCGGCUGGAGCGCGAGAUCAAGCAGCUGUACAUCGAGCGGGUGCUGAAGAACGACGUGGAGAAGUUGAACAAGUUCAAGAUCCGGAUCGAGGAUCCGCCGAGGCGGAAAGACAUGGUGUUCAUCGGAGGCGCGGUGCUGGCCGAGGUGAUGAAGGACAGGGACGAGUUUUGGCUGUCGAAGCAGGAGUACGAGGAGCAGGGGUUGAAGGUGUUGAAGAAAUUGGGCGCGAGGGCCGUGUGA